AUGGGCGCCGAUGAGCUCGUCCUCCUGCAGGACGAUGCCUUCGAUAACACCAUAGACAGCUUCCAGACGGCCCAGUUGCUGGCCGCCGCGAUUCGCAAGCUGGGCGGGUUUGACUUGAUAAUCUGUGGGCGCCAGGCAUCUGACUGGGAUAACGCCCAGGUUCCGUUGGGAGUCGCCGAAAUCCUUGGUGUCUCCUGCGUGUCGCUGGGCAAAAAGGUCGAUGUGGCCGAUGGCAAGGCCACCAUCGAGCGUAUCGUUCCCGACGGGUUCCAGGUGGUGGAGGCAUCCCUCCCGGCCCUCGUAACCGUCAGCAAUGAGUUGGGCCAGCCCCGCUACCCCACCCUGCGCGGAAUCAUGGCCGCCACUCGCAAACGCCCACCGUCUGGAGCAAGGAUGACUUGGCCCUUGAUGACUCUCAGUCUGAAGCCCGCAUCACCCUAA